ACCUCUGAAAAACACACCUACAUUGCAUUACAUUGUGAGUUGGGUGUACCUUUUGCUUAUUUGUUAGUGGUGAAUAUUAUAAAUAAAAAAUGGGACAAACGAAACCAAUUUGGUUUUAUCUUGCUGUGGUUUUAGUCAUUCUGAGUACUCUUACACAUGAAGCCGACGCUAGGAGAAAAAUUCUUCGAGGAAGACGCGUGAUGACUCGUACCUACUAUCAUGGAAACGCGGUACCUGCAUGGGCUAUAAGUUUGAUGGCGGGAAUAGGAAUGUUAGUUAUUGGCGGCAUACUGUAUGGAAUCAUGAGGAAACUUGUGCUUGCAUCUGAAACUGGUUCCCUUAAUACUUACCAGCCAACUUUGCAAAACGAUAACAGCGUUUAAAAUAUUUUAUAAAUAUCUUAAUUUUAACAUUUUGUUUGUAUUUUUUGUGUUAAGAAAUAAAAAUAAUAUUCAAAGUUA